AUGGGGGCAUCCGCCAUGGAGGAGGAUGACGCCACAGGUGGCGGUGGUGGAGUAGGCGGCUCUGGAGGGGGAGGCAGCCUCGAGGACUGGCCGGAUGACAACAAGGAGGAGAAUGAGCCGCGCCGUGCACACGGCGCCAACAAGGCAGGCGCGAGCUCUUCAUCCACGCCGGCUGCACCAGGCGGCGCGCCGAAGCGCCGAGCCGGCUCGCUGCCAUUCGGCAGCCGGCCGAAGAAGCCCAAGAACACGGCCGCUGCGACCAAGCGGCAGGAGGCCGCCGCGAAGGCGGCCCAGUUCCAGAGGACCCCGAAGCAGCCCCCGACGGUGUCUGCGGCCCCGCUCUCUCUUGAGCGGUCCGCCUCUGCUUACGUGAUUGGGGUGGCGGAGGGCUCCGCCAACACCCGUCGCGUAGAUCCGCUCUCCGACCUCCAGGAGGCGACAAAGAGGAACACGCGGGAGGCACGGGAGGAGGCGGAACGGGAGAAGGUGGUGGCGGCCAAGGCGGCGCAGGCGUACGCGGAUGCGGAGGCCAAGGCCCAAGCCGACACCGCAGCCAAGGCCAAGGCAGACACGGCUGCCAAGGCGCAAGCGGAAGAGGCCGCACGUGGCCAGACUCCACAACUCAUCAUCCCUCUGUGUGCCGCGCCACAGGCGCCAGAGACCCAGGCGCCGACUGGAGGAGCCGGCAACAAACAGCCGGUCAUGGAGAGGGGAGGGGGCGACGCCAUCAUCUUGGGGGCGGAGGUGCCCCCACAAGAGCCGACUGUCGAGGCCCAUGGCAGUCGGCCUGACGUGCCACUAGCGCCGCCGGCCAGUGGCGAGCUGGUGGUGGGGGCGACCCCGGUGGUCCACACUCCGGUGCGCCGGCGUGUGGCGAAGGCGGUCUCAGCGCCAUGGCUGCAUGAGAUCAGGGCCGCAAGCUUGUCGGCCCCUGAAGCAGAGGCCACUAGAGCAGCCGCCGACCUGCAGCAGCGCCUGGGCGAAGCCCAAACCGCACUGUGUGCCAAGGAGGAGGAGUGCAACAAGGUGGCCCAGGAGCAUGACCGCCUGGUCAAGGAGCUGGCGGACCAGGCGGACCGGUACAAGACAGAGCUCCAAAAGGCGAAGGACGGUGAGGCCACCCUCCAGGCCGAGUUCGAGACUGAACGCUCGAGCUGGGCCGAGAGGGAGAAUGCUCCGUGA